UUUGACAGUUGAUUCAAGAUGGCCGGUCACCAAGAUGUUUGCGUUGAUAGGACUGUGCGGCUUGGAAUUUGUAGGUGUGUCAGGUCUUGUAAAUAAAAUAAGCACUUUAUUCAACUAAAUGUAAUUGUUGCUAUGUUUCCGUGUAAUGUUUGGUGGUCCCGAACGUGUCCCUGAUAGUUUUUAAGUUAAUACACGGGCGAGUUCCAUCGGAGGGUUAGAAUUGAUUGCUUGUUGGUUGGUUGUAAUAAUUUGGAAGGGUGUACUUGUGUUUUUUGAAAACGUGAAAAUGUGGAAUAUGAUGUGCGACGUUAUGCCGACCAUUUCGGAGGACAGCAUUAGUCAAAGGAGCUCCCAAUUUUCUAGUGAAGACGCCAAUUUCGAACAGUUAAUGGUGUCUAUGUUAGACGAGCGAGACAAGUUGAUGGACAGUUUGCGGGAGACGCAGGCACGUCUUUCGGAUACUGAAAUCAAAUUAACAGAAGUCGAAAAAGAACGGGAUUCACUCCAUAGGCAGAUUGCAGCAAACCUUCCCCAGGAAUUCGCCACGUUAACGAAAGAACUAAACGCAGCACGGGAACAACUUCUUGAGAGGGAGGAAGAAAUAUCGGAACUAAAAGCUGAAAGGAAUAAUACUAGACUGUUAUUAGAACAUCUAGAAUGUCUGGUAUCACGACACGAACGUUCACUGAGGAUGACGGUGGUGAAGCGUCAAACGGCCGCUCAAUCAGGCGUUUCAUCCGAAGUAGAAGUUUUGAAAGCCUUAAAAAGCCUGUUUGAGCAUCACAAAGCAUUGGACGAAAAGGUGAGAGAAAGACUACGGGUUGCGUUAGAAAGAAAUUCUGUAUUAGAAGAAGAAUUAGCUAGUACCAAAGAAGAACUACAACAAUAUAAGUUAGGAGGCCCUCCGCCAAAUAUAACAGCAAUUGAAGAAAAACCCAAAGAAAAUGGACAAGCAGAUUCAGGGGACCAAGUAAAUAAUUCAAAUAAUAAGACGGCGACCGCCUUAAAGAAUGCUUUGAACAUCAGCACCGGGCCGCGAUUAACCAAUGGUAGUCUAGGAGUCUCCGAAAACAGCAGCGGCGUUGAAGGGAGUACCAGCUUAGAUUCUGUUGCCCGGAUUGCAGAUCUACAAGCCGCCUUGGAGCAACAGACGAACGAGAUAAGUACAUGGCAAAGGCGAGUGGCAGAGAUGACCAGUCGUGUAGGUGAGUUGGAGGAAACUUUGGCAAAGACACAGAAGGAACUCCUGAAAGCACAGGAAACAAACGCCAAGUUGCAGAGGGAUUUGCAGGAGAACGUGGCACAAAAGGAGGAUCAAGAAGAACGGAUCGCAACGCUAGAGAAGCGCUAUUUGAACGCCCAAAGGGAAUCGACGUCUCUGCAUGAUCUUAACGAAAAGCUCGAGCAAGAAUUGCAAAACAAAACUGCACAAUUGAAGUUACAAGAGGAAAAGAUCGCCGCUAUUCAAGAGAAGCUUGAAUUGGCAGAGCAAAAACUGUCGCAAUAUUCGAUGUUGCCUGAGAUGGAGGAACAGCUGAAGCAGAGAAUGGAAGCUCUGACACAGGUGAGACCGCAGGCUCAAGAACGGCACGGCUCGGCCGAAGACCGUAUUCAGCGGCUCGAGGCGAAUUUGGAUGAGAAAAACGCAGAAUUGGUUCGUCUUAAUCAGCGACUCAAGAUGAAUGAAGAACACAACAGUCGCCUCUCGGCCACCGUUGACAAACUCCUGUCCGAAUCGAACGACCGUCUCCAGGUGCAUCUGAAAGAACGUAUGCACGCGUUGGAGGAGAAAAAUAGUCUUACUCAGGAACUCGAAAAAACACGUAAAGUGAUGGAAGAGCUCGAAAUGCAAAAGACGGAAAUUAUGAAGGAACUAGCGAAAUCGAGACUAGAGAUCGAUAACGUAAAACGACAAAUGUUGCAACAAGAGAUCGCGUUCAACAUCCAACAGACAGAUGCGUUGACUCGGAGUCUGUCACCAAAUGCUACCCAACAGCAGCAGGACGUAGUUGGAGGUUCGAAUGCAACUAUCGCAAACAGUUUCACACGGAGUUCUAGUCAUACGAGUUUCGAAGCUCACUCGGCGUCGUUGCCACGACGAAGCACCGUUAAAAGUCGAACGCCCGUUGAUGACGAUCCUAAUAAGGUGAAUUUUGCAACCCGUUCGAUGACGGAGCAAGAAUGGGAGAAGCUUCAGCAAGCUCACGUGUUGGCCAAUGUACAGCAGGCUUUCGACGUCUCGAGCGAUGCUGAAGGAGACGAUAACGACAGUUUGUUCAGUACAGCUGACAUCUUAUCCCCUUCAGGUCACACAGACGCUCAGACGUUGGCGAUGAUGCUCCAGGAGCAGUUGGACGCAAUUAACAACGAGAUCCGUCUUAUUCAAGAGGAGAAGCAAAGUACUGAGGCACGAGCAGAAGAGUUGGAAUCUCGGGUCGGUAGUAUGGAACAUAUGAACCUAUUAGCACGGGGAAGGAGUUUAGAACGGCAAAGUCCACCCCUGAGCGGUCGAUCCACUCCUAAAUCUCACCAUUCACCUCAGAGAGACUACCUCCAUAAAUACCACACGGCACCAGCUUCAAUGUCUCCAGCUCAUUUACAGCAGUACCACUCCACCCUGAGCCCCGGUGCUCUUUCAGAAUCGCUCCCGACCAGUCAGCUUCAGCUUGCUCAGAUGAGUUCGGAAAUGUCAAGGGAGGAGCUUCAUAUGGCGGAAAACAGCAGUGGAGGGGCUUCGCCCCUCACCGCCCGAUCGUUAAGAUUGGAGAGGGUUGCUCAGGCUCUCGCGCAUAGUCAAGAGGAGCUGCGAAGGCAAGGCCAGAUGCACACUCCCCCAUCACCUAUGUCGUCUCGUCAUAGCAGUCAAGACAGUCUGCACAAAAACUCGGCAAUGGGCAUGAUGGGAGGCGGACCGGGACCAGGAAAAAUGGGAACAAUACCAGCCGGUCCAAUGUCCACGUCGUCUACGUCCAUGAUGCCCGGGAUGAUGGUUAUGACGCGAGAUAUGUCUCCUGCCGUAGCUGCCGCCGCCGCAGCUGCAGCUGCAGCUCAAAAGAAGAAGGGUAUCAAGUCGUCUUUGGGCAGAUUUUUCAGCAAAAAGGAGAAGGCGAAAGGAAAGGAGGCGAUUGGAGAUCCGCAUUUAAAUUUGAGUCAAACUAGCAUUGGAUUACCAGACGGGGAUAUUAACGAAUCGGGCUCCAUUGUAGCGAACAAACUGGGACAGAAGGGCGAAUUCGAUCGAAGGCAGAAGAAAAAAGAACGGGACUACAGACAUGAAUUAUUAGCAGAAGCGAUGAAAGCAGGGACGCCUUUUGCCCUCUGGAACGGUCCCACAAUAGUGGCGUGGUUGGAACUGUGGGUUGGAAUGCCUGCGUGGUAUGUGGCCGCAUGUAGGGCUAACGUUAAGUCAGGGGCUAUCAUGAGCGCACUCAGCGAUACGGAGAUACAACGAGAGAUCGGUAUCAGUAAUCCACUACAUCGAUUGAAGCUCAGACUCGCCAUACAAGAGAUGGUGUCCCUCACUUCCCCUUCAGCGCCCAAAACGUCACGAACGACACUUGCGUUUGGUGAUAUGAAUCAUGAAUGGAUCGGGAACGCAUGGUUGCCCUCCCUAGGGCUUCCUCAAUAUCGAACGACAUUCAUGGAGUGUCUGGUGGACGCACGGAUGCUUGAUCACUUGACUAAAAAAGAUCUUCGUGGGCAGCUCAAAAUGGUCGACAGUUUUCACAGAACAAGUUUACAAUACGGCAUAUCUUGUCUGAAACGGCUCAAUUACGAUCGAAACGUUUUGGAAAACAGACGAAAAAAUUGCGAAGACUCCAAUAUCGACGCUCUCGUUUGGAGUAACGAUAGGGUGAUCAAGUGGGUUUCCAGUAUAGGACUCAAAGAAUACGCCAACAAUUUGUUGGAAUCGGGAGUUCAUGGAGCCCUGCUGGCCCUGGACGAAAGCUUUGAUGCUAGCAGCAUGGCUUUGGCUCUUCAAAUUCCUACUCAAAACACACAGGCCAGGCAAUCUUUAGAAGUAGAGUUCAACAAUCUGUUACGUACUGCGACCGAUCGUCGUCCUGACGAUAUGUCGACACGCUCCUGAUACGAGGGAUCCGUCUCCGUGACGGCCAGAUAAUCAUCUAUGUCGUUUUGCACCCAUCAUGUCAUAAAACUAGAAGAAAAACGAUGCAGCAAAAAACCAGCAGCAGCCAUUAACGGUUAAACGUUUGACUAAUUAUUUAAAAGGAUGAAAAGAAAAAACAAUUUAGGAGUAGUAUACGUACGCAUAUAAAUAUUAAGAAAUAUUGCUCUGCGUCGUUCUUUUUUUUUUUUUUUUUCGUAAUUUCGGUUUAAUCUCUGUUUGACCAUCCUUUUGCACCGCGCUGUUAAUUUUACAGGAACGUCCCUGUCCCUCCGGAUUGCUGUGUCGCCUCAUCAUAUCAUCCACCCCCAUCUUCCUUUCACGAUGUGUAUCGUCAUGUACGUGUGUUGUGUCGUCGACCCGUCUCUUGUCUGUACAUACGUAGUUCGAAAGGAAAUUUUGAAAAAAAUACGCGGAAAAAGUGGCGAAGGCGACGACAAAAAAGGAACAAAAAGCUUUAAUCAAUCGUAUAUCAUAUUACGUAGGAGUUUGUAUGCAUAAAGAUUACAUAUAUACAUAUAAUAUAUAAAAAAAGGCGAAAGCAAGAGCGAAAGAACGAGAGAGAGAGAGAGUGAAAGAAAAAAGAAUAAACGGAAACGAAACAAAAAACGGUAAAUUAAUUUUUUCAACUGUUUCAUUUUUCGUGCUGAUUUUUAAAAUGCCACUAUUUACGUGUAUCUGUAAUGAUUUUUUAUAUACUAUUCUUAUUAUUGUGGAUAUGUAGAGAGAAAAUUGGAAAGAAAGCAAGUGAAAAAGAGCACUACCUAAUUGUGUAUAAGAUGAUAUAGUUAAUUGAAGAGAAAAAUAGGAACGCAUGUACGCUUCCGGUGUUGUCGUGGAUCUUCGGAGUUGUUUGGGGCGUAGCCUGUGAAGAUAUUCUUUCAAAUGUGGAAUAGGAAAUAUGUUCUGGCAGUGUUGGGUGAGUUUUUUAUAUUAUCAAUUAAUGCGCACAAGUUUGAUUAUCUUUUGCGAAUGAUGAUGCAACUCAAUUGAAUUGAAGUAUUAACUAUUAAUUGCGCGGUCUUAUUAACGAAUAUUAACUUACUUUAUUUUUCUUUACACAUAUCAUUUAUGAUUUUGUACGCGAUGUAUGUUUAGUGUGAAUGUAUUGGCAGCGUAAGUCAGUAUUAUCGCCUUCCUCCCAUUAAUAUUAUAUUCCCUUCUUCUAUCUCACCCUAUUAUUCGAUCGCAAAGCUGUAAACAUUUGUGUGUGCCUAUUGUUAACGGUGCUGCCACUUGUUGAACGUGCUUUGUUUUAUUUUUAUUAAGGGUGCGAUAUCCAAGUGAUGUAAAUUAUACGUUUCUUACGUUGAUUUAUCAUUAAUAAUUUUGAGUUUUUCUCGUGAAAAGAGAAGGCGCUUCUAAUGCAAAAUUAACGAAAGAAAAUGUGUUCUGGCCGAUAUUAAGACUUUAGAAAAAAUUAAAAUAAUGAUAAUAAACGAGAGGAAUUCAUCUCUUUCGGUUAAUGUUUUGGCGUCUGGGAAACUUCUGGACGUCCUUGCGAAUUUUAUUUUGUAAACUAACAAUAAGGCAGUAACAUACAUUCCCAUUAUCUCAAAUAAAAUACAUAACUUAUAAAGAUGUGACUUACGCUUUGCACAGUUCCAACUGAAGUUACCGUUUAUAUUCUAGUUUCGUAAGUUUGUUGUUAUUUUUUUUAUACAAACAUUAUAGUAGCUUAUAUAAUU